AUGUUUAUAUCAUCUACAGGAAAAGACAACAAAGGCAAACAUUUUAUAUUUGGUUUUAUGAAUAACGUCGAUGAAAGUAUACAGGAGAGUAGACAGGGUACAGAACUGAGCAACAAAGGUAUAGAAAUCAUAGCAAACGAAGAAAUAACUGUAUAUGCUGUUAACAAGGCAAAUGGUGCAUCAGACGCAUUUGCAGUUUUCCCUCUUGACACACUUGGCUAUAACUAUUAUGUGAUAACAUGGAGCAAUUCGGCAGAAUUUAUGAUUAUUGCAACGGAAGAAAACACAAAUGUUAACAUUUUAGUUGCAGAUGAGACAUACAUUAGAUAUAAUAAUGUACGCUAUUCAGCAGGAAAAAUGUUGAAGAUCAACAUGAAUAAAUUCCAAACGUUUCAUGUGUAUGACGGCCCAGACUAUACCGGGACGAGAAUCACUUCCAAUGAGCCUAUAACUGUAAUAAGUGGAGCAUCAUGUACCAGUAUAGGUUCAGGAGCAUGCGAUCAUCUUUCAUCUCAAAUGACACCAGUAGAAACAUUCGACCAAUCUUCCAGAGUUGUUUCCAGUUCUAAGCCUAUUGCGAUUGCAUUUUUUUCGGAAGGGGGUUGCGGAACGCCAAAUGGUGACCCAUCAAUGAUUCUUUUGCAACCCAUCCAACAAUUUGCUGCCGACUAUACAUUUACAACAAUCGAAUAUCCAACAAAACCAUUUAAUCAUGCACUUACAAUUAACUGUUCAAUUAGUAUAACUGUACCAGGUGACAUUAUUGAUAAUGACUGUGAUGGUUUAAUUGACGAAGAACUUAAAGAUGGAAAAGAUAAUGAUGGUGAUGGUAAACUUGAUGAGGAUUUGGCUACGUACGUAGAAGAACUUGAAUCAAGAACAACAAAAUUGUCAACAAAAGAAUUGCCAACAACAGAGUUUUCAACAAUGGAACUGCCAACCACAGAGUUUUUAAGGACAGAACUGCCAACAACAGAGUUUUCAACAACAGAAUUGUCAAAAACAAAAUUGUCUACAAUAUCUAUGUCAGCUACAUCAACUAGACAUUUCUUAACAACAACAUUCAUAAAAACGUUUGCAUCAACAACUACAUCGAGGCAACCAAUAGCAUCAGGAAAAUUAACAACUACAUCAAGACAAUCUACAACAACGCUCCCAUCAACGUCUUCUAUGCAAAUGUCAAAUAAAGAUGAAUGUGCGAUUAAUCCGUGUUUGAAUGGUGGCACAUGCUCAGAUGAGGUCAAUUACUAUAAUUGUACAUGUGCACCGGGAUAUACAGGAAACAACUGUCAAACGGAUAUAAAUGAAUGUUUUAGCAAUACCUGUUUGAAUGGCGGAACGUGUAGUGAUAUGGCUAAUUCGUUUGUAUGUACUUGUCAACACGGGUUUGUUGGUCAAAACUGUAAGACAGAACUAGAUGAAUGCAAGAGUGACCCAUGCAAAAAUAAUGGUACAAGAAAUAGACAUGGUGAAUGGUUACUCUUGUCUUUGUGCAAAUGA